AUCUCACUUUCCAGAACAUGGGAAGAAGAAGAAAGUAGCGGCCUCCCUCACUCCAUCCCUCCAUUUCUCUGCGAUAAUAAUUUCCAUCCAGGGUUUAUUCUCUUUCUCUGUCUACCUAAAUCGAUAAGGUAGUAAAUUACAUUUACUUUACACCUAUGCAUUAAAACUGUACUGAUUACACAUUGGAUUUGAUUGUUGUGAAUGAUUUAGUUUCAACACAACCUCGAUCGAUCUAACAUUCCGUUCAUUCUCUUCUUCUAGCUCCUUGGAAUAUAUAUUUUUCCAAACCUGAUGGCAAUCUUCAAUAGGAACAGCUACAGUGAUUUUCUCGACAGUAUCUCUCUUGAAUUUUUGAUGUGGUUGUUUGUGGUUUUUUCAUUGUCUCUAGAAAUUGCCAUUAAUAAUAUGAUUUAGUGAGUGCCAAUGGCAUGGUUUAGAGCUGGUUCUGGUGUCGUAAAGUUGGCUAUUAGGCGAACUCUUUCGCAAAGUAGUUCGUAUGUGAUGAGAACAAAGGUCGCUCGUGCUCAAAACCAACAGUUCCACACUACAGUUUUUAAGUCAAAACCACAGUCUGCACCCAUUCCACGUCCCGUUCCGCUCUCCAGGUUGACUGAUAGCUUUUUAGAUGGGACAAGCAGUGUUUACCUUGAGGAGCUCCAAAGGGCUUGGGAGAAAGAUCCCAAUAGCGUGGAUGAAUCGUGGGACAAUUUCUUUAGGAACUUUGUUGGCCGGGCCACCACCUCACCUGGAAUUUCUGGCCAAACAAUCCAAGAGAGCAUGCGGCUGUUGUUGCUUGUGAGAGCUUAUCAGGUUUAUGGUCACAUGAAAGCCAAGUUGGACCCGUUAGAUUUGGAACAUAGGCCAAUUCCUGAUGAUCUAGACCCGGCCCUUUAUGGGUUUACAGAAGCUGAUCUCGAUCGAGAAUUCUUCAUUGGUGUUUGGAGAAUGUCUGGGUUCUUGUCCGAGAAUCGUCUGAAUGAGAUCGACAAAUUUAUCUCUGUUGAUUGA